GUCGCUGCCGUGAUCCCCUUGUUGAUCCAUAAUACCACCAUCAAGAUGACCGCAACAAUCCCCAAUGGUUCCGAUACCCUCUUCGGCGUGUCGUUGCCGAAAGAAACAAGGCUAGGCGCCGGGGGCAAGGAGCUACCAGAGCUGUACAGAUCGAGUGGUAACGAGAUGCAGGAUCGUUUGGCGUUCUUACAUAUGCUCGAACAGCUCAAAAUUCAAAAACGAUCAGGAUGGAUCAGAGAGGGAGUGGAAAAGCCCGAGAGUGUUGCGGAUCACAUGUACCGGAUGGCUAUGAUCGCCAUGAUGAUCCCCACCAAAGGAACAGAUCGGCCGCUGGAUAUCGGUCGUUGUGUGCAGAUGGCACUCGUGCACGACCUCGCAGAAGCUCACGUCGGCGACAUCACCCCGGUAGAAGGUGUAUCCCCGAAUCUCAAACACCAGCUGGAAGAAGAAGCCAUGCAAUCGUUCAUGCACGAGAUGUUGGGCGGGGAAGGGAACAGGGAAGCCAGGGAGAGGAUCUGGUCGUUAUGGGAAGAAUACGAAGCUCGAGAGACCCCAGAGUCUAAAUUGGUCAAGGACCUGGAUCGGCUGGAGUUGAUUUUGCAAGCUAUUGAAUAUGAACGAUCACAAGAUGUUCGAACGCUCGCUCCGUUCUUCCUCGGAUCCAUGCCUCACCUGGAGCAUCCCGCCGUACGAGAGUGGGCUCAGGCGCUAUUUGAGGAACGACAAGCACUCUGGGAGAGUCGAGGGUUGGGGGAACAGGCGAAGAGCGAGAUUGGGCACGUACGAGUAGGGGUACCGGCCGAUAAAUGAAGUCGCAGAUUAGAUACGCAUACCCGGUUUCGUAAUUCCGAACA